AUGGCUACCUUCACUCCCGCCCAGUGGUCUGCUGCUAAGAACGUCAUCGACGCCUUUGCCCAAGAGGGCGUUGAUGAGAACGGAUUCUCUGAGCAACAGUGGUCCGUUGUUCGCGAUAUUGUCGAUGGUAACCGCACUAUCCAGGGUGUCAAGGACGACUCCAAAGUCUACUUUUCCCCUGCCCAGUGGUCUGUUGUGAAGGAUAUGGUUGAAGGCCGAACUGAGGUACAAAACGAAGUCAAGGAGGAAAGCAAGGUCUUCUUCAGCCCUGCUCAAUGGGCCGUUGUCAAGGAUAUGGUUGACGGAUCUCGCACUAUUCAGAGCGUCAAGGAUGACUCCAAGGUCUUCUUCUCUCCGGCGCAAUGGGCUGUUGUCAAGGAUGCAGUCGAUGGAAAGACCACUCUCAACAUCCCUGCUGCUGUUACUGCUUAA